AUGCACAGUACUGUUACUUACCCGUCUCCAUACUUUGCAGAUCUUCCUGCAUAUCCUCCACUGAGCAUGAGUCCCCAUGACCCAUACUAUCCGAGUCACAUGCCUUCGUCCACUGAUCAGUUCAGGCUCACAUCUGUCGAGAUUCAGCUCGACAUCGUUUUCCAUCGCCUUGAUGAGCUUAGUACUCCACAGUCUGCAUCUCGAGCACCUGCGAGUGCCGCACCAUCAUCAUCCCCAUUGCCCCCACUACCGACAUCAUCCCCUCCUCCUCCACCACCGUUACCGACAUCACCUCCACCACCAUCUCCAUCAGCACCGUUGUUUCCUUCACACCAUGCCCCACCUCCGUCUAUUGAGGGGCGCGUUAGCGCUUUAGAGGAGGAUAUGGCUUAUGUUCGAGGGGUCAUUGAUGCAUCUACACCCCCACCCCCACCCCCACUCUAG